CUCAAAUCUCUCCACCAUCAUCAGCACAAACCCCUGGAGCAUUUCGAGCGCUUUCAGCACAGUGAUAUCUUUCAAUCUGUUUCAUUAUGGCAAACGCAAUACCGAGGUCAUUUUUGCAAGUUGCAGCUAAAGAAGAAGUUGCUGCACCGCCGCUGAGAGUUGUUCAGAUUGAAGGACUGGUCAUUCUGAAGAUAAUAAAGCAUUGCAAGGAGUUUUCCCCAGCUUUGGUCACUGGACAACUUCUUGGAUUGGAUGUUGGAAGUGUUUUAGAAGUCACUAACUGUUUUCCAUUUCCGGUUCGUGAAGAAGAUGAGGAGCUCGAGGCUGAGGGUGCUAAUUAUCAGCUUGAAAUGAUGAGAUGCCUGCGGGAGGUUAAUGUUGACAACAACACCGUUGGUUGGUAUCAAUCAACUUUAUUUGGCUCUUUUCAAACUGUGGAAUUGAUAGAGACCUUCAUGAAUUACCAGGAGAAUAUUAAACGUUGUGUUUGCAUUGUCUAUGAUCCAUCAAGAUCCGACCAAGGCGUCUUAGCAUUGAAGGCCUUGAAGCUUUCCGAUUCUUUCAUGGAACUCUACAAGAGUAACAACUUUACUGGAGAGAAGUUGAGGGAAAAGAAUCUUUCAUGGGUCGACAUCUUUGAAGAGAUACCAAUUAAAGUUUCAAACUCAGCUCUCAUAAGUGCCUUCAUGACUGAACUUGAACCUGAUACACCUGUAACUCAGUGUGAUUAUGAGCGCCUGCAAUUGUCAACCAAUCCAUAUUUGGAAAGGAACGUGGAAUUUUUGAUUGAGUGCAUGGAUGACUUGUCAAUGGAACAGCAAAAGUUCCAAUUUUACUAUCGGAACCUUUCCCGUCAACAAGCUCAGCAGCAAGCUUGGCUUCAAAAGAGGAGGGCUGAGAACAUGUCACGCAAAGCUGCUGGAGAAGAGCCGCUACCGGAGGAAGAUCCUUCUAAUCCCGUCUUUAAGCCAAUCCCAGAACCCUCACGAUUGGACAGCUUUCUCAUAACUAAUCAAAUAGCAAACUACUGCAACCAGAUUAAUGGUGUUGCUGGACAGAGCUUUAGUAGGCUAUAUUUGAUGAAGGCUCUUCACGAGAACUGAGGAAAUCUAUGUAGUAGGCAAAUUUUGUACUCAUUUUUUGUCGUUAUUUAAACAUUUUGAGUUGAUAUAUGAAAAUGAUGAAUUCCUCUGU